CCACGUACUCCUGGAAAUCUGCUUAUCAGCGGCGACAGUUUGGCAACGUAUUGCGAUUUGCAUUAUUCACAAUCGGUACUCUGGUUGGUUUACUUCUUGACUAGCUAUAGCCCAUUAUAGUCGGCGGCGACAAUAUUACUUCGUCCGGUUUUGCCCCGCCGAGAAUAAUUGCUCGAAAUCGAUAUUGUUGAUAACGUUUUACCGAGACUUGACGUGAAAGACCCAAAACGCAGCUCGUGUUGUUUCGCCAAGUCUCAGAGCAUCUGACGGCCCGGCGGCCGACGGUCGACACACUCGACACUGAAUAACGUUUCUCUUUCUCCGACGGACCAGUGGAACGACGAGCGCGCGCACCGCACCGCCCACACCGCUCCAUUCGUACGCACGCACGCACAGCGACACAGUAGCGCACGGAGUACGGGCACACGAGUACACGAGUACAACACGACACAGUCGACACACCACACACAGCCCGAGUGCCCGACAGCCGUCUGUCCGCCGCAGUCGGUGUAUUCGCUCGCAAACGCCUGAUCGUGCCGACCUCGUCGCCGGACGAAAGAUGCUCAUCAAAGAGUUCCGUGUGGUACUACCCUUAACAGUUGAAGAGUAUCAAAUUGCUCAACUGUACUCUGUAGCCGAAGCCAGUAAAAAUGAAACAGGUGGUGGAGAAGGUAUUGAAGUGUUAAAAAAUGAACCAUUUACCAAUUAUCCCCUUUUGGGUGGAAAAUAUUCAGAAGGACAGUAUACUUAUAAAAUUUAUCAUUUGGCCAGCAAAGUUCCUGGAAUGAUAAAACUUUUGGCACCUAAAGGAGCAUUAGAAGUUCACGAAGAAGCAUGGAAUGCUUACCCUUACUGCCGAACUGUGAUUACAAACCCAAAUUAUAUGAAAGAAAAAUUUAUGAUAACUAUAGAAUCAUUUCACUAUGCUGAUCGAGGAACCCAAAAUAAUAAUCCAAAUUAUAUGAAAGAAAAUUUCAGUAUAGUCAUUGAAUCGUAUCACAUUGCUGAUAGAGGUACACAAGAAAACGUUCAUGAAUUAUCUCCUGAAAAACUAAAACAGCGAGAAGUACAAAUAAUUGAUAUUGGUAAUGACUCUAUUUCAUCUUCAGAUUACAAAGAAGAUGAAGAUCCUAAAAAAUUUAAAAGUCAGAAAUCUGGAAGAGGUCCUCUCCAAGGAAAUUGGAUUGAAACAGCUAACCCAGUUAUGACUUGUUAUAAAUUGGUAUCUGCAGACUUCAAAUGGUUUGGGCUGCAAAACCGAGUAGAAAACUUAAUUCAAAAAUCAGAACGUCGUCUGUUCACUAACUUCCAUAGACAAGUAUUUUGUUGGAUGGAUCGUUGGCAUGGGCUUACGUUACAAGAUAUUCGUGAAAUUGAAGAAAAAACUCGAGAAGUAUUAGACAGGCAACGGAAUGAAGGAACUGUUAGAGGCAUGAAAGCAGAUGCUGAUUAAAACAUUUUUGAAAGCUAAACAAACCAAUCCAAAUGCCUAAAAUCGUUUUGAAAAUUAAACCAUAUUUAUUCUAACACCAACCAAAUUGAAUAAAAACAAAAUAAUACCAGAUCUAGUAAUUUUUAUCACUUAGUCUAAUUUUAACUUCAAUUUUACAAAUUAUAUUAUACAUUUUAUUCUAAAAUAACAUUCUUACUACAAAUAUACUCAAAAUUGUCACAAUAUUUCUUAGGAAAAUUAGCUCUUUUUAAAAGUACUACGAUUAUAGGUACUUACCAACAUUUAUUUUUAAAAAUAAUUAUAACUUUUUGAUAAUUUAUUGAUUUAUAGAAAGCCAAGUCAUUCCACUUUCUAUUUAUUUUGUUAUCCGUUCUUCCUCUUGUGUUUUACUUAAUAAUUGGUAUAUGGAUUCACAGUGUUUGUGAAUAUUCAUGGUGAUUGUAUACAAAUAAUCAUAGUCAAAAUCAAUUUUUAGUUGUCAAAAUGAUUAAUUAUCUUAACAAAUGUACAUUUGUUAAACAAAAAAAAAAAAAAAUGUUGCGAAAAUUCGGUGAUUUAAAAUUUAAUUAAGUUUUAAUUUUAUGGUUACCAUGUUAAAAAAUAUAUUUAAGCAAUACACAUGUCUGUGUACAAACAUUAUUGUAAUACCCAUUUCAAUUUUAAUUAUUUUCAAUAUUAAUAGUUAAUUCACUGAAAUGUUUAGUAAAGUUGACAAUUUAAAACUUGACAAUAAUAGCAUUACAUAUAUGCGUAAAUUAUUUGAAAAUGUAUUAAAUAAUAAUUGUUGAACAUUAGACUAGUGAAUUUCCAUGUCAUUGAAGUACAAAUUGCAGAUAUGUAGAAUGUAUUCUGAUUUUUUCAAUAAUGCAAACUGGAUUGUGCGUAUCUUACUAUUCGUUGGCUAUGAUAUAUGUUCAAUAGUUUUUUCACCACUUGAAAAUUAACUUAACAAUAGUAAACUAGUGUAUUGUAAAAAAAAACUUAAUAGUUUCAAUCAAUUUUAUCGUUAAAUUUUUUAUCUGAGAAUACUCGUAAUACAUUAUUUUGACACGUUAUUUAUUUUACCAAGUAUUACCAAAAUGUAUUACAAGUAAAUUUCAGUUGUACAUUGUAUAAUUAUUCAUAAUAGUUUCUCUAUAUUGUAAUAUUACCAUUUAAGUUGCAUUUAUAUGUCUUUGUAUUCACAAUUUUGAUAGACGUGAAGUUUGCAUAUAAUACAUUUUGUUUUUCUUGCAAGUAACCAUUUGCCAUAAGUUAUAAAUGUAAAUAGCCAAUAAUAAAAUGUGAGUUGCUUAUGA